CUUCACUCUCACUCUCUGAACCGAGUGUGACCGUUUCCUUUCAUUUUCUCACAUUUUCUCGAGAAAAAAAAAAAAAAAACGAAUCUCACCAAACCAAACGCUCCUACCUCUCUUGAAUGGAGAUUCCACGUAAAUAUCACUUCUCUCCAAUUCUCUCGCUGAUUCUACUUUCCUUAAUCAUUGUCGUGCUGGUGCUGCGUUCACGUCAGUUACUGGAAUUCGCGCCAAUCGCCACCGGUUCAAAACCUCCGUAUUCCGUUCCUCUGGAUCGUCUCCGAACGAAGCUCUCCGGCGAGAAUCCGCUCCACGCCGUCGGAAACUCCGGUGAACUUCGCCGGAACAAAUUCCGCAACCGAACUGCUACGAGGAAGGUAGGAAAACUAGAACAAAGACUCGCGGCGGCGAGAGCUGCGAUGCGGAAGGUUGCGUCGGAAUCUGAAGAUGAGAGAGGCAAUCUCAGUGUGGCAAACACCGCGCGUGACGGCGACGGCGACCACCGCUACGUCCCUGCCGGAGCUAUCUAUCGUAACGCCCGCUUGUUUUAUCGGAGCUACUUGGAGAUGGAGAAAAUAUUCAAGGUGUACGUAUACCCAGACGGUGACCUACCAAUCGCUCACGAUGGCCCGUGCAAGGACAUAUACUCAAUCGAAGGGAGGUUCCUCCAUGAGAUGGAACACGGCGCGGGGAGGUUUAGGACUAACGACCCCAAUGCUGCUCACGUUUACUUCUUGCCAUUCAGUGUCACUUGGAUGGUCAAGUACCUUUAUACUCCACUCUCAUUCAACGUCACUCCUUUAAAGCAGUUUGUCUCCGACUAUGUGAGAGUAAUUUCUACAAGGCACCCCUUCUGGAAUAUAACUCAUGGUGCCGACCACUUCAUGCUUGCCUGUCAUGAUUGGGGUCCUCAUGCAUCACAGGGCAAUCCCUUCCUCUACAACACCUCAAUUCGUGUCUUGUGCAACGCCAACACUUCAGAGGGCUUCAACCCUCGAAAGGACGUGUCCUUACCAGAAAUCCACCUCUACGGAGGUGAAGUGUCCCCCAAACUCCUCUCACCCCCACCCGACACCGCCCCCCGCCGCUACCUCGCCUUCUUCUCCGGCGGUUUGCAUGGUCCAAUCCGCCCCGCCCUCCUCCGCCACUGGAAAAACGACAACGACGAUGAUAUUCGCGUCUACGAGUACCUCCCCAAAGACCUAGACUACUACUCCUUCAUGCUCAACUCCAAGUUCUGUCUCUGUCCAAGCGGGCACGAAGUGGCCAGCCCCAGAAUCGUGGAGGCAAUUUACGCCGAAUGCGUGCCCGUGAUCCUGUCUGAGUAUUAUGUGUUGCCCUUUAGUGAUGUGCUGCAAUGGGAGGCGUUUUCAGUGCAGGUGGAUGUUUCAGAUAUUCCUAGACUGAAAGAGAUUCUUAGUGCAAUUUCUGAAGAUAAGUAUCGGAAGCUCAAGGAGGGAGUGAAGGCUGUGAGGGGACAUUUUACACUGAAUCGCCCUGCCAAGAGAUUUGAUGUAUUUCACAUGAUCUUGCACUCUAUAUGGUUAAGGAGACUAAACAUCAAACUCAGAUAGACGUUUCCCAAUUCCUGCCCCGAAAUCUUUACUCACAUUUCUGGCCUUGAAAUAGGAAUCCCAUGGAUUUGAUUUGAAGAUAAAAUGUAUUUUCCAACCUCCUAUAGUUUUAAUUUAUACGUACUCCAUUUUUUCAAAAUAGAGAUACUAGUAUUGAUAAUUUUUUUAAAGUCUACACGAACUCAUUCAAUUAUUGACCUAAAAAUUGACUAUAUCAAUAUCUGUAGACUUAAUGUGUAGCCAUGCCAUUAGACAAUUCAGUUAAUAUGGAUAAAUU